AUCUUCUCUGAGAAGCCAUGAAAGAGCUCUUCUUCCUCCUCCUGCUUCUGGCCUUGGCCUUGGCCAAACCCUUCUCCAGCCCUUCUUAUCUGACCCUCAAGAACACGAUGCUCAGAGACAUGGAAGAUGACGACGACGACGACGACGACGACGACGACAAUUCUCUCUUUCCAACACAACCACCCAUAAUGCCCUUCUUUCCUUUUGAUUUGUUUCCGUCGUGUCCCUUUGGAUGCCAGUGCUACUCGAGGGUGGUCCACUGCUCGGACCUAGGUUUGACCUCGAUCCCGAGCAACAUCCCCUUCGACACGAGAAUGAUAGACCUUCAGAACAACAAAAUCAAGGAGAUCAAAGAGAACGACUUCAAAGGGCUCGGCUCCCUCUAC